UCGUCUGCCCGCCUGGUGCCUGCCUCCGUCACAUAUACCCGCCCCAGCGCAAUCAACUUUGGUUGGAACAUCAAUCCGAUUCGCAAAGGCACGGCCCCGCACCCUCCACCUUUGAUGACCAACGCGUCCUUGGUGUCAGCAGCAGCGGUGGUGCUCAAUCUGUGCUCGAGACUCCCGCUUCUCGCUAUCGCCGCCGCUCCUCUUUCCCUAAUCACACAGCCGACGAGCCUAUUCGGUAGGCAACUUCAAGCAGUUCAAGCACCCAGCAGCAGCAGCAGCACCUCGGCUUUGACGGCGAUGACUACUACCCACGAGGACUUCGAGACCUACGACGGUGGAGACUACAAGAUUUUCGUCGGCAGGGGGAUGGAGAGGUUCAGGAGAGGUGAGGUGGCAGGCUCCGUGAGCGACUUCGAUCGCGCCAUCAGCCUCCAGCCUCGCCUAGAGGCCUACAUGUGGCAGAGGGGCAUCAGCUUAUAUUACGCCGACCGGUUCGAGGAGGGGUCCCGGCAGUUCCGUAAAGACGUCGCGUUGAAUCCUAACGACACCGAAGAGGCGAUCUGGACGUUCAUGUGCGAGUCGAGGAUACCAAGCGUUGGGUUCGCCACGGCAAAGCAGAGGCUCGUCAAGAUCUCCAACGAGCGACGUCCAUACAUGCGCGCGGCGUACUCGCUGUUCAAGGGCGAUGCUUCGGAGAGCGACCUCGCCAAGCAGAUGGAGGGCUCGUUAGGGAGCAACGGCGCCGCCGGUUCGGGGGCCCCGUAUUUCUAUGCGAACCUGUACCUGGGUCUCUACUCGGAGGCGAAGGGCGACGACGUGCUCGCGAGAAAAUACAUUUCCGCGGCGGUGCGGUCCCCGUACUCCAAGUCGGGAGACUACAUGUGCGACGUGGCACGUGUGCACCAACAGGCCAGAGGAUGGUGAGAGCCUGCACAUGAAGCGCUCGCUCUUUUGUGCUCUCACCCACUCACCUCUGCCUGACACCUGUCUGUAGUGUUCUACGUACAUGUAGCCCGGUAGGUUGACUUGGUAGCCCGCCCCUCAGGCGUUACGCGUCCGCAGUCUUUCCAUUGGCGCCGCUGAUUGGCCGAAUGGUGUCGCAUGAAGUCAGCCAUGGUCCAAAAAUUCCGUGGGGCCGUUGGUGUGUUUACUUUUUUUCAGCCUGGCAUGUGGCAUCUUGAUGUUGUUGAAGCUGUCGGCGUCGCGCGCAGGCAGCGAUCGUGGUGCCGAACUGUAGCAGCCGCUCGCUGCGGUGGUACUCCGGCAGUAUGUACAGCUCUGGUGAUAGAGGUGUUGGAUGGGUAGUGGUGACGUUCGUUUGUCUCGGCGGUGUUGGUCCUGAUGCGGAGGAGGAGGCAUUUCCUCUGUGGUCAUUAUUUUGGAUGUUGUUGGGCGUCAGGGUUUGUUACGCAGAACAAGGUGGUGGAACUAGUGUUCGCGGGGUGCAUGUUUGAAGUGACUGUAAGAGGUUAGUAGGCAGAACCGCGGUGGCAAACGUCGGGACGACUUUUGGUUGCAGCGUGCAUGUUGGAAGUGGCGUCGGGGUCUGGUUGGGUGCAGGACAAGGGUGUGCCGAACGUCGUGGCGUCAGUGUUAGUAGCGUGCAUUCUGGGUGGAUAGAAGAGAAGUGUUGUCGGAGUCUAGUUGGGGUCAUGGCACUAACCCCCUCGGGUUAGCUGUUGGAAAGUCUGCGGUCGUCGCUGUGGCCCUUGCGAUUCGUUGGAUAGGGCAGAGCAUGCAAGGGCGUAUUGCUUCCGCAUUGCUUCUUGGGCACCGACCGCGUCUUCACUCGGCUUUUAUUUUGGGGUGGAACAAGGAAACAGCCACCUCUUGUAUCUAUGGGUAUUGGAUGGCGGAUUAUUCGAUAUUUGUAACGACAUCUAGUUUCAAGGGUCUCUCUGUCGUCUGUCACACUAGGUGAGUUUUUUUUUCGUUGUUGUUACCGCUAUGUGGAGGGCACGGAACGAAAGUGAUUCGCCUGCUGUUUCGCUUGCAUUCGUGCGUGGUGUUCAUUUGGUCUUGAUGUAGGACAUCUACAUACAUAGCUUGUCGGGUUUGUUUGUAGCCCGUGCUUGAAGGCGCCAUGUCUCAUUGUCUCUCGUUAUCCGGGGUCAGUAAUGAUGUUUGGGUUCUUAGAAGUUACAGCGGUGAUUGUCCUACUCUAUAGUGAGCUUUAGGAAGGGUGCUGACUGACGGACAGAGAUGGCUUUAAUCAGGGUGAAACUGGAGUGAGUUGAGUCGAGAAGUCUUUUCCCAAGGGGCGGCAUACUACAAGGGAAGCAGCACUUGGCGUCUCUGUGGUAAAUGGCAGAUAGUUGGAGAACGAAAAUCAAUCAUGGAUUUCAAGGUGCAGGUGGAGGCUUUUGUUCUCGUGUGAUGUGAAAGGGGCACAAGAAGCCGAGCAUGGGACCUAUCGCAAUCCUGCAGACGCCACCACCUAACUAAUAUUUUCGUGAUGCUUACGUAACUUGAACGUUUUCUUUUGUUCUUCGGUCGAUACAUUUAUCUUUCUCGAGUUAACAUCUCGAUCCUCGAACUUAAAACCUCUUUUGUCGCUGUUGGAAAAGAACUGCGAGCCUCGGGGGAAAAUGAGAGGAAGGCUCUGUUUGGUGUGGUGGCGCCAUCAUAUCUACGCGAAAGCAGUUUUUGCCGUAUCUAUCCAUACCGUGCAUCUAUGGGGCUGCAGAUGCGCACGAAAACCAGCGCAAAGCAAGGCAUACUCCGAGUAUAUAUGUAUGCGGCAAUCACCUCCUGUGUUACUUGCAUGACCGGGCGAGUUGCUUAUUAUGGACCGGCGACGCGAUAUUGAAAUUAUUUUUGUUUGAUGUGCUAUGUAUAUG